AAGAGUCGUUUGUGUUAUUUUGACAUAUCGCAAACAGUUCAUCCGAAUGACAUGUAUGUCGUAUACCGCACAUAUCUUGUUAUGGGGAGUCGUUUAUGUUAUUCUGCCUCAUCACAAAUAGUUCAUCUGGAUGAACUAUAUGUCGUGUAUCCCACACAUAACUCGUUUCUGAAUCGUGCUUGAUAGAUCACACAUUGCACACAAUUCAUUUUCUUAGGCCCAAUCUGCAUUAGUGGAGGAUUCCUACUCUGAUGCGCUGCUCCGCUAGGUACUUAGCACGACGACUUCCUGAUUGUCUACUACAACAAGGUUUGUCCGGCUCCGGCAUGGGAGAGGCGAUGACGGUGGCGCAUCUUCGGCUUGUAGUCGUCGCUAGAUGGUCCAUGAACUUGGUUUUAAAUUUUAUUACCUCUUGUGUUCGUUGUACUGUCAUGAUUGAAAAUGAAUAGGAUUGAAAGUUUCUCAUCAAAAGAAUUCUAAAAUGUUGAAUUUUGAUUUUUGUCCACCGCAGUACAGACAUUUACGGACGAUUCCGUGAUCCGCGUGUUGGAGAUCGUGGAGUGCAGUCAGGAAACACCAAAGACGCGCGCGCGCGCACACAGCAAGCGUUUCCCAGGUGUGUCACCCAAGGUGCAUAAAAUGAACUCGAAAGAAAGAAGAAUCAGUUGUCUGAAAAUAACAAAAGGGAUUGGACAUUAGAGUGUGCGCCACCAAAGAUCACUCUGAAGCCAGAAAUGUUCUUCUUACUCGUCCUUGCGUCCUGCUUUCUGCUCAUCCUCUUCUCCUCCUACGUGUUGGGAAUGCUCGCCGACGCCCGCCGCCGUCUUCCACCUGGCCCGAUGCCGCUCCCUGUCAUCGGGAAUCUCCUCCACGUUGCGAGCUGGCUCCCGCACCGCUCCCUGGCACGCCUCGCCGAGCGUUACGGCCCGCUGAUGACUGUCCGGCUAGGGACGGCCGUCGUGAUCGUGGCCUCAUCCCCAAGCGCCGCCCGUGAGGUUCUCAGGACGCACAAUGCGAGCAUCACCGGCCGCAAUGCUCCUGACGCGUGGAACGGGAUGGGCCACGCCGCAAACUCGGUGUUCAUCCUGCCACCGGGCCACAGGUGGCGCGCGCUGCGCAGGAUAGGCACCGAGCACUUGCUGUCGCCGAGGCAGCUGGAUGGCCUACGGCCCGUGAUGCGGGGCGCCGUUGACCGCAUGCUCUGCCAUGUCUCGGAGAUGGCGGCGGCCGUGUCCGCCGGAGCGCCGGUUGAGGUCGGCCGAGCGGUAUUCGCCGCAAUGGCGGACCUCCAGUGGCGCGCCAUGUUCUCCUCCGGCCUUGACGCAGCCACCACGCGCGAGCUGCACGCCGUCGCGCGGGAAGCUGCCCUCCUGGCCCUGAAGCCCAAUGUGUCGGACUUCUUCCCGGCGCUCGCCGCACUGGACCUUCAGGGCAUCCGGCGCAGCAUGACGAGGCAGCUGGGAAAGGUUUACAGGCUGAUCGACCAAGAGAUCGACCAGCGGAGGCGAGGCCGGGAAGCGGGCAGCGUCGACGGGCGCGAGAAGGACGACCUGCUGGACGUGAUGCUGCAAAUGUGCGAGGUGGACGGGGCGGCGGUGAUGAACCAAGACUCUAUGAGAGCAUUUCUUACGGAUCUAUUUCUUGCGGCCAUCGAUACCGUCUCGGGCGCGAUCGAGUGGGCAAUGGCAGAGUUAUUACAAAAUCCAGAAACCAUGAAGAAGCUAAAAGAGGAACUUAGUAGAGUUCUUGGCUCGAAGGAACAUGUUGAAUACUCCGAUAACCUUCCUUACCUGCAAGCAGUCGUUAAGGAAACUCUCCGUCUGCACGCAGUUGUGCCGUUGGCACCUAACAAGGUUGAGCAGACAGUAGAGAUACAAGGGUACACCAUCCCCAAGGGAAGCACCGUGAUUGUGAAUCUGUGGGCCAUCCAUCACAAUGCUCAAGUAUGGACAGAGCCAGACAAGUUCAUCCCUGAGAGGUUCCUGUGUAAGGAGGUAAAUUUCCAAGGUAUGGACUUUGAAUUCAUGCCCUUCAGUGCUGGAAGGCGCAUCUGCCUAGGGUUGCCGCUCGCUACUAGGAUGCUUCCUGCCUUGCUAGGCUCGUUGUUGCACCGUUUUGAGUGGACAUUGCCCGAAGAGGCCAUGAAAAUUGGUGUUGAUAUGUCCGAGAAGCUUGGGUUAACAAUGUCUAUGGCGACUCCUCUCCAAGCUAUAGUAGUGAAGACAUUAUAA